AUGGCCGAGGUGCCGUGGCCGCCACUGCUUGUCAUUGUUCUCAGCUUGCAAACCAAAAUUGUCAAGAGGGAGGAUCUGUUCAUCACAACCAAGCUAUGGAAUUCAGAUCAUGGUCAUGUGAUUGAAGCCUGUAAGGACAGCUUGAAGAAGCUGCAGCUAGGUUAUCUUGAUCCCUAUCUUGUUCACUUCCCAGUAGCUACUAGACAUAUUGGAGUUGGUACAACUUCUAUUGCUCUUGGUGAUGAUAGUGUGCUUGACAUUGAUACCACUGUCUCAUUGGAAACAACAUGCCAUGCGAUGGAAGAACUUGUUUCUAUGGGACUGGUCCGCAGCAUUGGGAUCAGGAGAUCGGACAUGGAGCAUGCUGCUGGGUGA